GGCUUCCCGCUUGCGCUGCUGGGCUCGGGAUGCGCCCGGCCGCCGCCGCCAGACCGCGAUGAGCGACGGCGGAGCCGCUGCCUCCGCUGCCUCUGCCUGGCGCCUUUGCGCCCUCCUGGCCGCCGCCCUGCUGGGCGCCCGAGCCGAGCCCACCUGCCAGCGCGUCCGCGCAGCCUUCCAGGCGCUGCAACCCGGCGCCCGCGGGGUGCUGGAGAGCCCCGGACCAGGGUCAGAUUUGCAAAUAUGCAUCCCCAAAGCUCUCACCUGUUGCUCCCGCAAGAUGGAGGAGAGAUAUCAAGGCUUGGCUCGUUCCAACAUGGAGCAGAUUCUCCAGACGGCCAGCAUGGAUUUGAAAUUCCUCAUCAUGCAGAACGCAGCCCUUUUCCAAGAAGCCUUUGAAAUGGUUGUGCGCCAUGCCAGGAACCACACCAACUCCAUGUUCAGCAACUACUUUCGCCACGUGGCUGCCAGGACUUCUAAACUGGUGGGGGAAUUCUUCACCGACAUCUCCCUCUACAUCCUGGGCUCCGAUAUCAACGUCAACGACAUGGUCAACGAGUUCUUUGACAGCCUGUUCCCUUUGAUCUAUCCCCACCUGAUCCAUCCAGGAGCCCCCGACCCUCCUGUGGAAACCCUGGAGUGUCUACGACUAGCCCGGCGAGACUUGAAGGCAUUUGGCCCCUUCCCCAAAAUCAUGAUGACCCAGGUGUCCAAGUCCCUGCAGGUCACCCGGCUCUUCCUCCAGGCUCUCAACCUCGGCAUCGAAGUGGUCAACACCACUGAUCACUUGAAGUUCAGCAAGGAGUGUGGACGGGCGCUCUUGAAGAUGUGGUAUUGCCCCCAGUGCCAGGAUCUGCUCCUGGCCAAGCCGUGUGCGGGAUUCUGCGGCGGGGUGUUGCAAGGGUGCUUGGCCAGCGUGGUGGAAAUCGACGGUCACUGGCGGGAAUAUCUCCGCUCUCUGGAAGGCAUGGUGAAGGGCAUGAAGGGCACCUACGACGUAGAACACGUGCUCCUCAACCUCUUCUCUUUGGUUCAAGAUGCCAUCGGUUACAUGCAGAAGAACGCUGGGAAGUUGGUCACGACCAUCAGCAAGCUGUGUGGGCCUUCCCAGCAGAGGCAACACCGAUCAGCCUGGAAUCCCGAAGACCAUGUUUCUGAGCAGGGGACGAUGGGUGCCACUCCGGUGGAACCCCAAGAAACCUUAUCCGGUCGAAAGAGGGAACUUGUCACCAAGCUGCGGGCCCACAGUGGCUUCUACAGCAGCUUGCCAGAAUAUAUCUGCAGCCACAGUUCCACAGUGCACAACAACACCUUUUGCUGGAACGGACACGAAGUGGUGGAAAGGUACACCCACCCACCCACGAGGAACGGAGGGCGAUCGCAGUCGGGACAGCACGAAGCGAAGGCCAGGGGUCCCGAACCAGUCAUUAGCCAGAUCAUUGACAAACUGAAACAUAUAAACCAGCUGCUCAAAGGGACGUCUGCCUCUCGCCGGAAGAAUCUGGACCGCCUUGAAGAUGAGGAGGGGGCCGAAAGUGGGGAUUGCGAUGAUGAAGAUGCCUGCAAUGAGGCUGCAGUUUCUGGAGACGGCGAAUUGAAAGUGAAGAACCAGUUAAGGUUUCUGGCAGAGCUUGCCUACGACUUGGACAGCGAGGGCUCCCCUUCAAACAGGCAGCUUGUGGAUCAGCAGACCAAAGAGACGAUGGGUCAGAGCCUCAGUGCCAAGGACCCAGCGCUGGAUCUUCAACUGCUGACCGCUCUCCUAAUAUGGUGGCUUUUUCUGAUGGCCAAAUGACUUGAACUGACCCUUGGCCACAAUCCGGGCUGAAUCCAUUAUCAGUUUGCAUUGUGAAGAUGCCCCGUAAAUCGUUCUUGCUCUUCAGAAGCACUUGAAAAAAACAACUUUAGAAACAGGACUUUUUUUUUUUUAAGGAAAAAAACAUUUCCUCAUUGGAGGUCUGGUCCAAAAGACCCAGUGCUUGUAUUUUGAAGAAUUCUCGUCCAGUUAUUACGACAGGGUUAAAAAUAUUCGGCCUGUAUCACCCGUGGAUUUGAUAAAACAUUUUCCCCCACUGCCGUUUAGGGUGACAACAGCACACAGCAUCCUCAGUGGAUCGAAGUGAGCAAAGUUACUGGAUGAAACACCAUCGGAGAACUUUUCAAAAUGUGCUUUGUUUUGAGAUUAAAGCCCAACCUGAAGCGGG